AAUAGUAAUAAUAAUAAUAAUAUUAAUAAACCUGAUGUGUGUUCCGAAGAAAUGGCUUCGGGGGAAAGCUCCAGGCAGAGAUGGAGUGCCUGCUUAGAUCAUCAGGAGUUAGAAAGUCAUUCUUACCAGACACAUUCAUCAGCUCAUAGCACUCUGUUGGCAAGAGAGGCAGGUUCCGCAAGACUUCAAAGACUCACAUAUCAUAACUAUAUACAAGAACAAGGGUGA